CCUGGUCCCCCAACAUCACUCUCUGCGUUCCGGAAAAUGUAUCAAAAUUAAGGCUGAGCUUCAGGGCCGGGAAAAAAAACUGCAUAACCAUGAGAGGAUCUCUGGGCCCGAGAGAAAAGCUGAAGCUCAUCAUUGGCGGGAAGGUUUGCGAGGUGUACCGCGAUGAGUUUAGCUGCGGAUCAAUCCCCUUCUGGGGCGCUAUAAUCUGCUUCGCCGCCUUUGGCCUAUUCCUGGCCUAUUACCACAUGAAUCGAGAGCGCAUUCAUCACGACUGAGAUCUGGAUACUCCGGGGAGGAUAGUAGAAUGUAACAACCGGUCGCUGUCUUGGCUUUUUCCAUUAAAGUCUGUCAUUCCAUCAUG